AUGGCACCCCGAAUCGUGAACGUAAGCUCCGAUUUCCAAGCAAAGCUGUCAGUUCCAGCUGGCAAUCUCAGAGGACGGGCCAACUUGGGCGAGACGCACCUGGACACGCUGGGCUCGAUGAACAGCCUGGCUCAGGUGCUAGAGGCCCAGGGACGGUAUGAGGAGGCGGAGGCACUGCACCGCCAAGGGCUGGAGGCAAGCCGAGCCAAGCUGGGCGAGAAGCAUCCGGACACGCUGGCGUCGAUGCACAAUCUGGCGUCAGUUCUGGAGGCCCAGGGCCACCACGAAGAGGCCGAAGCACUCCAACGCAAAGAGCUUGAACUUAGCCGAGCGGAGCUGGGCGAAUCGCAUCCCGACACGCUGACGUCGAUGAAUAACUUGGCUGUCGUGCUGGAGGCCCGCGGACGCUACGAUGAGGCUGAAGCGCUUCACCGCAAAGUACUGCAGGGUCGCCGAGCCCAGCUGGGCGAGACGCAUCCCGAUACCCUCGCAUCCGAGAACAACUUGGCUUCGGUGCUGGAGGCCCAGGGGCGCUGUGCGGAGGCCGAAGCACUACAUCGCAAAGAGCUGGAGAGCUGCCGUGCGAGACUGGGCGAGACGCACCCUGAGACCCUUACAUCGAUGAACAACUUGGCUACGGUGCUGGAGGACCAGGGACGCAAUGAGGAGGCCGAAGCACUCCACCGCGAAGCACUGGAGGGCCGCCGGGCGAAGCUGGGGGAAACGCACCCAGACACGCUGACAUCGAUGCAGAGUCUGUCUUCGAUUCUGCAGGAGAAGGGAAGCUACGAGGAGGCCGAGCAACUGCUCCGCCAGACUGUGAAGGCCCGCCGGUCGAAGUUGGGCGAGACUCACGAAGACACGCUGAUGUCGAUGCACAGCUUGGCCAUUGUGCUGGAGGACCAGGAACGCUACGAGGAGGCAGUGGCAGUCCUCCGCCAGACACUGGAGGGCCGCCGCGCCGAACUGGGCGAGACACAUUCCGACACGCUGACGUCGAUGGACAAGUUGGCUUCGGUGCUGCAGGCGCGUGGAAGUUUGGAGGAGGCAGAAAAGCUCUGCCGCGAAGCCUUGAAGUCCAGACGGGGCAAGCUUGGCGAGUCCCAUGCAGACACCUUGGCGAACAUCUACGACCUGGGCACCCUGCUGGUGAAGAAGGAGGAAUGGGCGGAGGCAGAAGAGCUCUUCCGCGAAGAGCUCUCGAAGUGUCGGUCCGCCAACGGCAGCGAACAUGAGGAAACCCUGAGCUCCGAGGAGAAGUUCGCCGAGUUCCUGAAGGAGCGAGGACGUUUGGAGGAGGCAGAGAAGCUCUUCCGGAUAGUGUUGAAGUCGAGACGCGCCAAGCUUGGCAACUCCCACCCGGACACGAUGAGGAGCAUGUACGAACUGGGCUCCCUGUUGACAGACAAAGAGGACUGGGAGGAGGCAGAGCAGCUGUUCCGCGAAGAGCUGGAGAAAUGUCGGUGCGUUCACGGCGCCGAACACGAGGAAACCAUCAGUUCCACCGAAAGGUUCGCCGAAUUCUUGAAGGACCGAGGUCGGAAGGCCGAGUCCGAGGAGCUCUUAGCCACUCUCGGAUGA